AUGGCUUCUGCUUUGGCGCCUAACCUUGCAAGCCACCUCGUUUUUCGAUUCUUGGCUGGCUUUUUCGGCUCUACUCCUCUGAUUUGCUGUGGUGGCACUAUAGCUGAUCUAUGGGAUCCCUUGCACAAGGUCUACGCAUUCUUGAUAUAUGCGAUUCCAGGCUUCGGUGGACCUGUGAUUGGGCAGCUGAUUGGGAGUUUCAUCCCGCCCGCCUUGGGGUGGCGAUGGCUUGAGUGGAUCAUGCUCAUCAUGGGGGGCACGAUACUCGUUUUAGUUUUGCUUCUCUUGCCUGAGACGUACGGAAACCUUUUACUGUAUUGGAAGGCUUCUGUUUUGCGCAAGAAGACCGGCGACAAUCGGUAUAGGGCUCCAAUGGAGAUGAGGACCUCUUCCCUUCGCCAUCGUCUCCUCAUUGCGCUAUCUCGGCCUUUUCUUUGGAGUUAUACGGAGCUUAUUGUCAUGCUCUUUUCCCUAUACCUGACAAUUGUUUACAUUAUUCUCUUCACUUUUCUUGAAGGCUACCACUACAUUUUUGGAGAGAUUUACGGACUUUCUCCAGGUCUGGUUGGAAUUUCUUGGGCUGCAAUGUUGGUUGGCAUGCUAUUCAUCUGGAUCAUUGCCACCGUGGUGUAUUCUUGGACGGCCAAAGAGCUGAAGCUCACCUCUCGUAUCCGGCCUGAGACUCGACUCUGGUAUGCAAUGCUCGGCGGCGCCCCUGCGCUACCGAUUGGUCUGUUUUGGAUGGGAUGGACAGCACGGGUAUGUGUUCCCUACAGGUUACGCUCGAACUCAUUCUGA